AUGGCAGCUUUCUUGUUGCUGCUAUCGCUAUCGUUAUGUUCAUUAUUUCCUUUCAUUCUUGCUUUACCAGGUAACAGCGUCUCGCCGUUGUUAGACUCCUUUAGCAAACUAAUUUUACCAAUACAGGCUGUCGCAGCCAGUGCAAGCCGAGUUUAUACCAAUACAGUCCAGGGAAAGUUGAGCAGUCGGGAUAUGGUGCAAAUUGCUCUUCUGUGUAGUGUAUUUCCUGCUUUCUGGUAUCUGCGAAAUGGAAGGAAGAGCAAGGCUUACAAUGACACGAAAUCACUCAAUGGGAGUGCCCAUGGAACCAUUCCUAGACAGAGUAUGGAUAUCAAUGAUUCCGAAGUUGUCGACCCAGGACUUUUAAAGAAACAUUCUGAGAUAAAAUCCUACACCACGAGUCGUUUCACAUAUCCCUCACUACGAAUCUUUUUCAGCAGACAUGCUCAAGCCGACAAGCUGCCUACAAAACCUGCCCCACUACCUUUACUAGUUUUCAUCCACGGUCUGGGGGGUUCAGUUGCGCAAUUUAACCCUCUAUUAACAAGCCUUGUGAAUUUGGCAUCAUGUCUUUCAAUCGACUUACCAGGCUGCGGCCUUUCUGCAUUCGACCCAAAACUACCUUGGGAUGCUUAUACUGUGGACGCUCUUGCAGAGCUUGUGGGGAGAGUCAUUGAGGACUAUAGAGAGAAAGAUACAAAGCAGGGUGUAGUUUUGAUUGGACAUAGCUUGGGCUGCUCUAUAGCCGCUUUGCUUGCAUCUACAACGUCGCCACAAUCAAUUGCGCUAUCAGAGAACGUCAUGGGACUUAUUGCAAUCUGCCCUCGUGCGGAACCCCCUAGCGAAGAUGAGGUUAGUAAGUUUAAGAAGCUACUUUUGAUACCGAAUGUGGUUUUUGACCUUUGGCGAAACUGGGAUCGCCGAGGUGGCCCUGAAAGUGCUAGUGUGCAUAGAUUUGUUGGCCCUUCAGCAGAUGAUGAAACCAAAAGGCUUCAAGAACGAUUCAAUAGCCAGAGUAAAACCGCAGUAUGGAGGAGAAUGGCAGCUGGCACUUUGCCCGUUUAUGAAAACCACAUUGCGAAAGGUGGACUUGCGGGCAGAGAUGUCUGGAAGGGGCUGGAUAUGCCUGUCUUCCUUGUUGCGGGGGCAGCUGAUGAUAUCACAAAGCCUGGUGAGAUUGAAAAGAUCGCUCAAUUUCUUGGAAAGUCUCACCCGGUCCAAAUUGACCCCAGCGACAAAAGUGAGCCUAUACUUGAUGCAGCUGCGCCUGUUGAUAUGUCUGAGAAGAACAAAUCUAUGAGCAAUGGUACCAAUCCCUCAACUGAAGACCUACUUGUCGAAGAAACCCUCGAUACCGCUGUGGAAUCGCUAGAAGACCCAUCGACACCGGAUGAUUUUGAUAGAAUUGAAAACAUCCCUCCGCAACCUCUUAGACCGAAGCGGGUCCUAAAAACGACAAUCAUUCCAGCCCCCGCUUCGCAUGCUUUGCUCUAUAUGCCAUCCACCGUGAGGACCCUUGCAGGUCUUAUAUCUGAUUUUCUUUGUACCCAAAUGUCACCUCGUUUAUCCUUGGGUUGGCAACUACAAUUCCUCUCUACUUCCGGCAAAUGGGAUGUGAAGAAUUUAGCAAAGUGGCAAGCAGUGGCGCCUGUUUCAGAGCCUAUCGCGGGUGUAUUUCGUGCCAUGAAAACUUUGAGAGAGGUAGAUGAUAGUCAUUGUCCAGAGGUCUUUGUGAAAGAUUGGGGCGAGCAGAUCAAGGAUAUUGUGGAUAUUAGCCACGAAAGUCCGGUAUACGAUCCACGAGGUCUUGAGAAUGGCGGAAUACGAUACCACAAAUUCCCGACGGUAUCUAAAAUUCCACCCACAUCUGACGAGGUUGUCACCUUCAUCAAUUUAAUCGAUCGGCUAAGAGAUGAGCAGGCGGCGAGAAAGGAAAAGGAAGGGGCUGUGGGUGAGUGGUUUGUGGGGGUACACUGUCACUAUGGCUUCAACAGAACUGGAUAUUUCAUUGUAUGUUAUCUGGUGGAAAGGUGUGGGUAUGGAGUUCAAGGGGCGAUUGAUGAAUUCGCUAAGAGAAGACCGAAGGGCAUUAAACAUGCUCACUUUAUGGACCAGCUAUUUGUUAGGUACUGCGUGGGGUUGAAAAGAGCGCCCACACUCUAA